AUGUCGAAUGAAGAAAGGCCUAGCCUUGGUCUGGCCCAGCUCCUGGAGCAGAAGGUGCAGCUAUUCGCAGAUGAAAUCGCCAUUGAACAAGGUGCUCAAAGCAUCACCUUCUGCCGACUGCACGAAAAAGCUUUGACAAUUGUCGGUAAGCUUCACGAGCACGGGGUCACGAAAGAGCAGCCCAUUGGGAUCCUGACCUCCAGAGGCAUCGACCAUAUUCUGGCUCAGGUGGCCGUGGUGUAUGCAGGAGCGACUUGUGUGCCCUUGGAUGCUGACCUUCCGGAUCACCAUCUCGAACGACUACUGCUCCAUCUGGGUACCUCUCUCGUUCUGUCCGAUAGCUUCAACAGCCAUCGACUUCCCAACUGGAGACACCUGCUUAUCAACUGCCACGCUGGUAGUGGGGAUGCGGUCGAUGGCACUGUGGUGUCUGACAAUAAGUCAAACUGCUGCUCGCAUAUCUUACACACAUCAGGGUCAACCGGCCAGCCAAAGGCUGUGCAGGUGCUGGCCGCAGGCCUGAUCAACCUCGUCUUCAACGAAUUUGCCCCUAUCGGCCGAGGACACCGGGUUGCUCAUGUCUGUAAUGUGGGGUUCGAUGUAUCAUUGUGGGAGAUCUGGUCUUCCCUCUUACAUGGAGGGACGGUCGUUGUCUUCCAACGAGAAGAGUUCCUCGAUCCCGUGAUAUUCGAGCGGCGAUUGCAAGUUGAUCGCAUCGAUGUGAUGUGGCAGACGACCUCUCUUCUCGCCACUAUCGCCCAUACCUGCCCCCGUGCAUACUCGCAUGUGGACAGUUUACUGACCGGAGGCGAGGCCAUCCAUCUCCCUACCAUUCGAACCAUCUUCGCCAAUGGUCCUCCGCGGAGAUUGUUCAACGUCUAUGGACCGACGGAAUUGUCCGUCUUCACGACAUACCAUUUGGUGUCACCUGCAGAUGUCGAGCAAGGAGAGAUUCCCAUUGGCAAGCCGCUCAGCAGCUAUGACGCCUUUGUGGUUGACGAGGACCUGCAGCCGGUGGCACCAGGCAGCAUUGGGGAACUGGUAGUGGGUGGGCCAGGAGUGGCAGCAGGAUAUUUUGGCCAGCCAGAAAAGACAUCACAGGUCUUUGUGUCUGCACCCCAGCUUCAUCAGCGAUGUCAAACCAUCCCUGGCUUGUUCUAUCGUACAGGCGACCUGGUUCGGCAGAAUGAGACUGGCCUGAUCGUCUACCUUGGCCGUCGCGACAACGAGGUCAAAGUGCGCGGGCAGCGAGUAGACCUGGGAUCGAUCGAGGGAGCGCUGCUGGCAACACAACUCGUGGUUCGUGCAGUGGCUCUAAGAAUUACGCUGGAUGAAUUAGACGGAGGAUCUGCUUUACUCGCAUGCGUGAUUCCCUUCUCCCCCAGGAUCACCCUCGACGCGAUUCGCCAGUUAUAUGUCGAACAAGCGCCGCACCUGAUGGUACCGCGAAUCCAGGUGGUGAACCGAAUCGCUCUCACGGGGAGUGGGAAGGUUGACCGAAAAGCGCUGGCGAGUGACUAUCUCAAAACCCUCGAACAGAUGUCACCGAGAGAGAACCACGCCGCUGAAAGUGCUGAGGAGCAGAUGCGAGCCCUCUGGCAGGAAUUACUGGGCCUCCCCAAUGCCAGCUUCCAUCCCGACGACGAUUUCUUCUCUCUUGGUGGCACAUCCCUUCAUGCGGCACUUCUGGUUUCGCGGAUCAAGAAAUCUUUCUCUCGAGAUGUUCGUGUCUCACGGCUCUUUGAGAACUCUUCUUUCCAGGGAAUGUGUGCCCUCGUUCGCGAUAAUCAAGGCAAUCGCAACAACUCGGAGGAGGCGCAGUGGCAACGCGACUGUCGUCUGGGGCUCGAGCUACGCCCUCUGUCUCGCUCGCUUCCAGACUGGCGCAGUGCCUCGGAGGGAGUCGUUUUUCUGACUGGAGCGACAGGGUUUGUCGGUGCAUUUGUUCUGGCCGGGUUACUUUCCUUACCCCAGGUCCAGACGGUGGUGUGUCUGGUUCGCGCCUCUGAUGCCGUUCAUGGCCACCUGCGUAUCCGCAAGGCUCUGCUCAAAUAUAGUCUCAUGCUGGAGCCCGGCCAAGAGGCAAGGAUCCUACCAAUUGCGGGGGAUAUUGCCGAAGAUUAUCUGGGUCUGACUCCCCAGCAGUAUUCGUGGCUGUCGCACUGGGCAAGCGUCGUGUUUCAUCUUGGCGCGCAUGUCAACUUUGUGCAGCCUUACUCGAGCCACCGAGCUGCAAAUGUGCUCGGCACCUUGAACAUGAUCCGUUUCGCUAAUACUGGGCGCACCAAGGCUCUCCACUAUACCUCGAGUAUCAGCGCCUACGGGCCCACCGGCAUGGUGAACGGAUAUACUCACUUGGCUGAGGAGGAGCAACCAUCUGCGCAUAUGUCGGCUCUCUCCUUUGCCAUGGGGUAUGCCCAGAGCCAGAUGGUCGCUGAGGCGAUUGCUUGGAAUGCAAUCUCGCAGGGGCUGCCGGUGGCGAUCUAUCGACUGGGGUUUGUCUUGGGGCAUAGUGAGACAGGGACCAUGAACCCGGAUGACUUCCUGGCGCGGGUUAUUGCAGCCAGCCUGCAGUCAGGCUGUUAUCCCCUGUUGUCUGGACAUCGCGAAGACAUUGUCCCGGUGGACUGGGUCGUGUCAAUUCUGUUGCAUAUCUCUUCGUCCUCGGAGCAUAUCCGUCAGGCAUAUAACGUGGUGCAUCCAACGCCGGGUUCUGGCCUGGAGCUGUCGACGAUCUUCACCCUCCUCAACCAGCUGCGAGGCCAGAGUCCCCUUCGUGGAGUCCCAUACUCCGAGUGGGUUGACGUCCUAUCACAGACGCAAGAAAGUCCCUUGCGGUCAUUGCUGCCCUUGUUGGACGAGAAGGUCUGGGAAGGACGCAGUCUAUGGGAGAUGCAACAGGAGAUGCCCGAGUUUGCCACAGAUAGUCUGUGUAAAGCAUUGGCCGAUGCUCCAGAGUUGCUGCAAUGUCCUUCCCCUGCCUCUCUUGUCGUUCGAUACCUUCCCCACUGGUUGAAGGGCAAUACUUUGUGA